GAUACCCCCCUCCUCCCCUGCGCCGCCGCUCCUCGACUGCCGCCGGCCCUCUACUGCGCCGGCGUCCCUCCUCCCUGCCGAAAUCGACCCGACGCCGCCCCUCUCCCCUGCGCCACUUCCCCGCCGCCCCUCUCCUGCGCCGCUGAAGGUCCUGCGCCCCUCCUUCCUCCGCCCGGAAACGCGCCGGCGCCUGGAAUCGCGCGGCCCGUGGUCCCUGACCCCGGAUCUGCGAGCAACCUGAGCAGUCGCCGCCCUCCCUGCCAAGCUCCUCCGCCGGCCCGAUUUGUGUCCCUGCCCUCGUCGAGUUGGAUCUGCGCCGCCGGCCCUUCCGUCCCCCGAGACCAAGCAGCGCCGGCGCCCCUGCCUUGUCCCCCAACUGAAGCAACGCCGCGGUCCCUGUCCUCCCGCCGACCGGAGCUGCGCUGGUGCAAGGAGUUAAUCCUGAUUCUCAGAAAAGCGAGGUCCAGAAAAGCGGAAACAAAUAGGGCCCUCGACUUCCCCAUCGCCGCCGCCCGCCGCCGCUCUCGAAGAUGCUUGACAUCAACCUCUUCCGCGCCGACAAGGGCGGCAACCCGGACAUCAUCCGCGAGUCCCAGCGCAGCCGAUUCGCGCCCAUCGAGCUCGUCGACGAGGUCAUCGCGCUCGACAAGGCAUGGCGCGAAAGGCAGUUCGAGGUGGACAAGAUCCGCCAGGAGCUCAACGCCACCAGCAAGAAGAUCGGCAAGCUCAAGGCUAGCAAGCAAGAAGAGGAAGCAAAGAAGCUGAUGGAGAGUACGGACGAGAUCAAGAAGAGGCUGGCUGCCAAGGAAGCUGAGGUGCAGGAGGCCAAGAGCACCCUCGACGCCAAGCUCACCACAAUUGGCAACAUCGUGCAUGCGUCCGUGCCCAUCAGCGACGACGAGGCAAACAAUGCCAUUGUACGGACAUGGGGAGAGAAGAGAGUGGAGGAAAAUUUGAAGAAUCACGUGGAUCUUUGCAGGAUGCUUGACAUUGUUGCACUGGAGAAGGGUGCUGACGUGGCUGGUGGUAGGGGUUACUAUUUGAAGGAUGAAGGUGUCCUCCUGAACCUGGCAUUGAUAAAUUUCGGGCUAACUUUCCUGCGAAAACGAGGCUUUAAGCCAAUGCAAACUCCUUUUUUCAUGAGAAAGGAAACUAUGGGAAAAUGUGCCCAGCUGGCACAGUUCGAUGAGGAGCUUUACAAGGUAACAGGUGACGGUGAGGAUAAAUACCUCAUAGCCACAUCUGAACAGCCAUUGUGUGCUUAUCAUUUAGGUGACCGAAUUUACCCUUCUGAGCUUCCAAUAAAAUAUGCUGGCUACUCCACCUGCUUCCGAAAAGAAGCUGGUUCGCAUGGAAGGGACACAGCUGGCAUCUUCAGAGUCCACCAAUUUGAAAAGAUUGAACAGUUCUGUGUUACAAGCCCAAAUGGCAAUGAUUCUUGGGAGGUGCAUGAAGAGAUGUUAAAAAAUUCAGAAGAUUUCUAUCAGGAGAUUGGCCUACCAUAUCAGGUCGUCUCCAUUGUCUCUGGCGCACUUAAUGAUGCUGCAGCUAAAAAAUAUGAUUUAGAAGCAUGGUUCCCUGCAUCGAAAACCUUCAGAGAAUUGGUGUCCUGUUCAAAUUGCACUGACUUUCAAGCAAGGAGGCUUGGAAUUGGUUACGGACAGAAAAAAAAUGACGAGCAGUCCAAGCAGUUUGUUCAUAUGCUCAAUUCUACGUUGACUGCCACUGAGAGGACACUGUGUUGUAUUCUGGAAAACUUCCAGAAGGAGGAUGGCGUUGAAGUGCCAAAGGCGCUGCAACCCUACAUGGGUGGAAUAGAGUUCCUUCCUUUCAAGCAACCUCUGGAUGUCAAACAAGCUGCUGACUCGAAAUCAAACAAGUCCAAAUCAAAGGGAAAUGCUGCUUGAGGUGGAUGAGGAACAAAGUCAAAUGCAUGCGAUGCGGAAGUGAUAGACAUUGUGCAUCCUUGUAUUAAUUUUUGGGGGUAACAGUACUUGUAGCAUGACCAUGACGUUGCAAUUUUUCUGUACCCAUUUUGGUUUGUUGGUUUACCACACUAUCUGAUGACGUACUUGCACACUGAUAUUGCAUAGGGUUUCUUGCAAUCUAGAAUGUUUGAGCACCAUCA